UUUACCUUCCUGGUCGCGGUGUUCUACAAUGGCGGCAGCGGCGCGUUUAUUGCUGCGGAGUUCGGCGGCUUUUAAAGCCUCUGUUACUGAUGUGUGCGUUGGAGUGCAGGGCAGUAGUGCAGGACUCUCACUCCUCAGAUUCUCACCGAGCUGCUCGCUCAGGCUGAAGACACAAAAAAGACAUGCGGCACAUUUCACCUUUCACCCUGACCCUGUCCCGACGACGUACGGCGCCACCACGAAGAUGAACCUGUUCCAGUCCAUAACCAGCGCCUUGGACAACACCUUGUCCAGUGACCCGACAGCAGUAAUUUUCGGGGAGGAUGUAGCCUUUGGUGGUGUGUUUCGAUGCACAGUUGGUCUAAGGGACAAAUAUGGCCAAGACCGUGUUUUUAACACUCCGCUCUGUGAGCAGGGCAUUGUGGGAUUUGGCAUAGGAGUGGCUGUUGCAGGAGCUACAGCCAUUGCAGAAAUUCAGUUUGCUGAUUACAUCUUUCCUGCUUUUGAUCAGAUUGUAAACGAAGCUGCUAAGUACCGGUACCGUUCAGGGAAUCAUUUCGACUGUGGGAACCUGACCAUCCGAGCACCAUGGGGUUGUGUGGGCCAUGGCUCCCUCUACCACUCUCAGAGUCCUGAGGCCUUCUUUGCCCACUGCUCCGGCCUUAAGGUGGUUGUGCCAAGAGGUCCAAUCCAAGCUAAAGGCCUGCUGAUGUCCUGCAUUGCUGAUAAAAAUCCCUGCAUUUUCUUUGAGCCCAAGAUCCUUUACAGGGCAGCAGUGGAGCAAGUACCGACCGACGCAUACUACCUCCCCCUCUCUCAGGCUGAUAUUGUGCAGGAGGGAAGUGACCUCACCAUGGUUGCCUGGGGAACACAGGUUCAUGUAAUGAAAGAAGUUGCUAACAUGGCACAGGACAAGCUUGGUGUGUCUUGUGAGGUCAUUGACUUGCAGACAAUUUUGCCAUGGGACAUAGAGACAGUAUGUAAGUCUGUGGUGAAGACGGGGCGGCUGCUGAUCAGUCAUGAGGCUCCAGUGACUGGAGGCUUCGCUGCAGAGAUCACCACAACAGUGCAGGAGGAAUGUUUUCUUAACCUGGAGGCACCUAUCGCCAGGGUUUGUGGAUAUGAUACACCUUUUGCUCACAUUUUUGAACCCUUCUAUAUCCCAGACAAAUGGAAGUGUUUUGAGGCUGUCAAAAGAAUGAUCAACUACUAGAAUCUGGAAACUCAUCACAGAUGUUGCUACCAUUGCCUAGCAGGCAACUAACUCAUUGGGAUGGAUGAACUUUGACUUAAACCCAAGAACUUCAAUGUUCAACAGUGUAGAACCAUAUUCAUGAACACUAAAAUAUAGAUAAAAUGUGUGCCCUUUGUAUUUUAUUUGGAAGCUUAAUGUUUUCCUUUUUGCUGUUACAUUGUGAUUACCUCUGUUUAAAUUCUUUGUCACAUUGGAUUUUUGGUUUCUGAACAAAUUAAAGACAC